GACAAAUUGGAACUAUAGAAAAACCAAGCACAGAUCUUCUUUCAUUCCUUCUAGACUUUAACCAAAUUUUAUAACCAUAUUUCAAACCAAACAAAGUAUAGGGUCGUUUAUGUAAUCAUUAAUCCCUUCCCUGAUUUCCUCUUUAUAAAUAUAUCACACUUUCAUAUAUCAACCUAUUCCAUCCCAAUUCCAUCUAUAUCCAAAUUCCUAGGUGUCUGGGAAAACAAAACCUAGACCCAUUUAUACGUGCAUUUUUUUUAUCAUCAAACAUCAACCUAGCUAGGAAUUUGCAUGAAAAGGAAAAUGGUCAAGAUGAUCAAACUGGCAGACAUAUUGCCCAGUUGUUUCCAUGCGGAACAUCCCGGAAAGAAAAAAAUUUCAAAACAUCAGAAAUCUGCUUGUUCUUCUUCAUCUCAUCAGAAUCAAAGGAUAUCACUUUCUGAUAUAAGUGAUCCAGGGUCUCCUUUAUCCGUGAAUGACCUUUCUAACAACUCCAUCAUUGGGUCAAAUCUUCACAUUUUCACACUGGCGGAGCUUAAGCUGAUUACGCAUGAUUUCUCCGCGAGUAAUUUUCUUGGUGAAGGCGGAUUCGGGCCGGUGUAUAAAGGUUUUUUGGAUGAUAAGAUCAGACCUGGACUUAAUGCUCAACCUGUUGCUGUUAAGCUGCUCGACUUGGAUGGUGAUCAAGGUUACAGAGAAUGGCUGACAGAGGUGAUAUAUUUGGGGCAAUUGAGACACCCGCAUCUGGUGAAGUUGAUUGGAUACUGCUGUGAGGAUGAGCACCGACUUCUUGUUUAUGAAUACCUGGCUAGAGGCAAUUUGGAGAAUCAACUUUUCAGAAGGUAUUCCAUUGCAUUACCAUGGUUGACCAGAAUUAAAAUUGCACUUGGAGCUGCAAAAGGCCUAGCUUUUCUUCACUGUGAAGAUAAGCCCGUCAUAUAUCGCGACUUCAAGAGCGCAAAUAUUCUAUUAGACUCGGAUUACACAGCGAAGGUGUCCGAUUUUGGACUAGCAAAAGAUGGUCCAGAGGGAGAUGACACACAUGUGACGACCCGAGUGAUGGGAACACACGGCUAUGCUGCUCCAGAAUACAUCAUGACCGGUCAUUUGACCACCAUGAGUGACGUAUACAGUUUCGGUGUAGUUCUAUUGGAACUUUUGACGGGAAGAAGAGCCUUCGACAAGAGCCGGCCUGACCGGAGAGAGCAUAAUUUAGUAGAAUGGGCGAGGCCGCUGUUGAGAGAUUACCACCACAAGAUCGACAAAAUCAUCGACCCCAAACUCGACGGUCAGUACUCGUUCCAAGGUGCGAAGAAGGCCGCGGCAUUGGCGUACCAAUGCUUGACCCACCAUGCAAAAAGCCGGCCGAGCAUGAAAACCGUCGUGAAGGAUUUGGAAGAGAUUUUAGGGUUCAAGAAAGAUAUCCCCAUUGGAACUUUUGUGUAUAUCGUGCCGACGAACAAUAAAGAAUUAUGCAAAGGAAAAGUGGGUGAUCAAAAAGUUGUUGAUGGGGCUGUUUUGCUAAAAGCGGAAAAAGGGUGUGUGAAAAAUGAGGAGACCGACAAAAAGGAGGUCAAGAAUAGAAAUAUUGACUGUGACCAAACUAAUAAACAACGGCAGAGGGUAAAGGUGAAGGAGCCUAAGCCUGUAUACAACUCGGAUACAGCUCUUUACGCCAGUGUAAGAAAACACAAAUAAAAUUGUCGGGAAAAAAAAAGAGGUGAAAAACUUAUUAGCAAGGAGUUAAUAAGUUUUGAACCGUUAAAUUGAUGAAAAAUAUAAACCAAAAGUAUUUUUUUUUUCGGAUGCAUAACACUUCUCAUAUCCGAUGAUACACCAUCAAGCGAAACAUUAAAUAAAAGAAGUUCGAUGGCGGCACAAUGGUGAAAUUCCAUAAACCAAUAUUUGCUAGAAAAAUUUUUUAUCUAAGCUAAAUUGUACAAGUUUUGGGUUCUUCAACAUUUAUUUAUUUUAUAGUAAUUCUUUUUUGUUUGUUUGUUUGUAUUAUGUGUGAGUAUUUGUUUGUAACUUGAGACUUUGAAAUUGGC